AAACCCCAAACCCCUCGCCGCCAUCUCCAUCACUCCCACUUCCCCCAUUCCUAAAACCCUAACCCUAAUCCUCCACUCACCCAUCAAUGGCUUCCUCGCCGCCAUCCCCUUCCUCCGAGAAGAAAAAGAAGAAGAACAAGAAGCAUGCCAACGAUCACGAUGCCGUCCCAACCAUGGAUUCCGUCCCCGAUCUCGACCAGAGCCAGACUGACUUCUUUAUCAAACCACAGUCUUUCACUCCCCCUGCUGAUACCUCGCAGUGGCCGAUCCUCCUCAAGAACUACGAUCGCCUCAACGUCCGCACCGGACACUACACUCCCCUCCCCGCCGGCCACUCUCCCUUAAAGCGCCCCAUCGCUGAGUAUCUCCGGUAUGGUAUCAUCAACCUUGACAAACCCUCCAACCCUUCGUCCCACGAGGUCGUCGCUUGGAUCAAGCGCCUCCUCCGCACCGAGAAGACCGGCCAUUCCGGAACACUGGACCCGAAGGUCACGGGCAACCUCAUCGUCUGUGUUGAUCGUGCCACGCGCUUGGUCAAGUCGCAGCAGGGCGCUGGCAAGGAGUAUGUCUGCGUUGCCCGUCUCCACUCUGCGGUCCCCGAGACCUCGAAGGUCGCUCGAGCUCUCGAAACCCUCACCGGUGCUGUCUUCCAGCGCCCGCCUCUGAUUUCUGCCGUCAAGCGCCAGCUUCGUAUUCGCACCAUAUACGAAAGCAAGCUCCUUGAAUAUGAUGCCGAUAAGCAUCUUGUUGUCUUCUGGAUCUCCUGCGAAGCUGGUACUUAUGUUAGAACUCUUUGCGUUCAUCUUGGUCUUAUUCUUGGUGUUGGAGGUCAUAUGCAGGAGCUUCGGAGAGUCCGGUCUGGGAUUCUUGGCGAGAAAGAUAACAUGGUCACUAUGCACGAUGUCAUGGAUGCACAGUGGGUGUAUGAUAAUUAUAAGGAUGAGAGCUAUUUGAGGCGGGUUGUGAUGCCACUGGAGGUUUUGUUGACUAGCUAUAAGAGAUUGGUGGUUAAAGACUCGGCCGUCAAUGCUAUCUGUUAUGGCGCCAAGCUUAUGAUUCCCGGGCUUUUGAGGUUUGAAAAUGAUAUUGAGAAUGGGGAGGAGGUUGUGUUGAUGACAACAAAAGGUGAGGCGAUUGCUCUUGGAAUUGCUGAGAUGACAACAGCAGUAAUGGCGACUUGUGAUCAUGGAGUGGUGGCAAGGAUUAAAAGAGUGGUGAUGGAUAGGGAUACAUACCCAAGAAAGUGGGGCUUGGGUCCGAGGGCUUCGAUGAAGAAGAAAAUGGUUGCAGAAGGUUUGCUGGAUAAGCAUGGGAAACCGAAUGAGAAGACACCAGGGGAGUGGCUUAGAAAUUUGCCUCUUCCUUCUGGUGGUGAUGCCAUGAUUGCUGGCAUUGCUGCUGCGCAAGAGACUGUCAUUGCCAAAGAAGGUGUGGUGGGAGAAGAAAAGGGGAGUAAGGAUGGGAAGGAGGAUGUGGAAGGCAAGAAGAGGAAAUUGGAACAGGCUAUGGGCAGCCCUAUUUCUGUGGCUGCUAAAAAAGUUAAGGUUGAUGAAGUGGAUGGAGCUGUGGAUGGUGCAAAGGAGAAGAAGCAUAAAGCCAAGAAGGUGAAAGAAGGUGAGGAGGUGGUUGAAGAGGGAAUGAGUGAAAAGAAGAAAAAGAAGAAACACAAAGAGAAGAGUGAAACAGAAGAUAAUGAUCUGGAUAAAGGAGGGAAGGAAAAGAAGAGCAGCAAGGAAAAGGAGAAAAAGAAGAAAAAGAAGAAGAGCAAAGAAGGUGAGGAUGGAGUUACUGAAUUACCCGAGCCCAUUGAAGAGGAAAAUGAAGCGGCUGCUAAAAGUGAGAAAAAGAAGGAUAAGAAGAAAAAGAAGCACCGAGAUGCUGAAGGCACACCACUAGAAGACUAGGCAGAUUGCAGAUGGUUUGUUAUCCAAUUAAAUCACUGAUGGGCUCCUGUAACUUUUGCUUACCUCCGGAUCUUGCGGCCUUGUGCUCUUUCUGGUAAAACUUCUUAAUGCAAGGUUACUCUGCAUUUCGAGCAGGCUGUCAUGGCGUUUUAAGUGCUUUGUUAAGUUUAUGAUCCAAGGUUUUGUUUCAUGUUUGCUUUUGCUUUUUCUGUUAACUAUGUAUGGGGGAUGUUAAAUUUUGCUUAUUAUUGGAUGUUUUCAAUACUCAGUUGGCCUUCUAGGUUUCAUAA